AUGGAGAGGAAGGCCCCGGGCCUCUCAGGAGCACACGCGAGCAGAAGCAGCACCAGACCGCCUCGGGGACCGUGCCGCCUGUCCGGGGACUGCAGGGCUCCGUGCUGGACAGGCCGGUCUCGCGAACACCCGCCCUCCCCGAGCCCGCAUCCCUCCUCGCGGCCUUCCCACAACCCUCGGUUUCUGGGAACCGCAGGAUGUGAAGCAGCCCAACGGCCUUUCUCCCCACGGGCCCUGACUGCCGGAACCGCCCCAGGACACCCCACUUCCCACACCCCAAAACGCCCCAGCCCCAAAGCCACGCCCAGGCCUCUGCCGCUGCGUCAGCACGUCGCCGGGACGUCGGCCCUCCGCGGCUGCGCUGUAAAGGCACGUCAGGCUUCAGCAGCGGGAGCGAGAGCGCCCUGUCCUACCUGUGCUCUCCGGCCGCCGGUCAGUCGGCAAGCAGCAGGACAGGAGGGGAGCGCCGUGGCUGGAAGACGGGGGAGGAAGGCCAGGGAUGCGAGGCAGCCGCCAGGCGACGAUUCUGGAAGGGCCGGUGGUGGGAGGGGUGCCCGCUCAGGGCGGAGAGACCGGAGCUGGUAA